GCUUUGCCAUUUUACUCUGUCUUUAUAACCACGGACUCAUCCUUCAAGACAGGACUCAUUCUUCAAGACCGUAGGGACAAAGGACCUGAUCCACGUAUGAAAGUUUGUUCGGUAUAAAAAAAUAUCAGCAUCCUCUUCCACCAGGACUGCCAACAUGGGCCGCGUUCGCACCAAGACCGUGAAAAAGGCGGCGCGGAUCAUCAUAGAGAAGUACUACGCGUGGCUGGGCAACGACUUCCACACAAAUAAGCGCGUGUGCGAAGAGAUUGCCAUCAUCCCUAGCAAGAAGCUGUGCAGCAAGAUCGCCGGCUAUGUCACCCACCUGAGGAAGCGGAUUCAGAGAGGGGUGAGGGGCAUCUCCAUCAAGCUGCAAGAGGAGGAGAGAGAAAGGAGGGAUAACUACGUCCCGGAGGUCUCAGCCCUGGAUCAGGAGAUCAUUGAAGUUCAUCCUGACACUAAGGAAAUGCUGAAGCUUUUGGACUUCGGCAGCCUCUCUAACCUGCAGGUCACUCAGCCCACUGUGGGGCUGAAUUUCAAAACGCCGCGGGGAGCUGUUUAACCUACUGUGCUGAAAUAUUUUCAAUAAACUGGAGCACCAAAAAAAAAA